AUGUUGGAUGUUCUUGACAUCCAUGUGCACGGACUGGCCUUGGACUUUGUCCAUCAAGGAACUAGAUGUAACGUUCUGACUGUGUACCGUACACAUGACAGUGACUUAGACAACUUUACUAACGCUCUUAGACAUUACUAUGAGAACAAAAAUGACUGCAACACAUACGUCUUCAUGGGUGACACUAACGCCAACUUACUAGAAACUGACUACAAAACUGAACGCUACUUGGACGUUUUUUUCGAACACGGUUUUAUAUGUGGCAUAAAUACACCUACUAGAGUAGUAGGAAAUAGUCAAACAAAUAUUGACCACAUAUUUGUUAACCACAAUGAUUACACUGCCUUACAAACUGCUGUGGUGAGGACAGACAUAACUGAUCACUACAGUAUCUGCCUACAAAUAAGUCACAACCCCUACACUAAGGACACGUCACACAACACAAACACGUACAUUGACAAAACAUCUUUGAGCUUAAACAUUAAAGAGUGUGAUUGGUCAGACGUCUCACAAACGAGUGACGUUAACACAUCUACAGACAUUCUUUUUGACAAAAUUAAAGAUUGUGUAAAUAAAUCCACCAAACAAAGACCUGUUCUCAAACCGAGGCUGAGGCCUCUCAAACCAUGGAUCACCCAUGACUUAGUAGCCGACGAAUUUAAUGAGUACUUCGCCAACGUUGGUCCCAACUUGGCAGCAGGUAUAGAUUCGGGCGGUUUGCCUGUGGUCGAUGACACUGACCACGCUGUUGACUCCAUACUCACACUUCACACUGUAACUGAACAGGAACUCUACACCUACGUCACUAGACUGCGAGGUGGCUCAGCUCCAGGGUAUGAUUGUGUAUCAGCUGAACUACUCAAAGACAACUGGGAGACACUUAGACAACCACUGCUACAUAUAACUAACAAGAGCAUCCAAAGUGUUACAAACUAUGAACAAGCGUCUUCCUCAGUUAUAGGUCUUGCUGUUAUUGCCUCAUCUUUGAGAACAGAGAAAAUAAGAUUGUCUGAAGAAAUAACAACAACAAACUCUUCCCAGUUUCCUUACCAGGCUCACGUAGUACUUACGUACCAUCGUUCGUAUCUGGUACCUCUAUGUGACGCAGUCAUCAUCAACAAACGUCAAGUUCUUACCUCAGCCAGUUGCUUAGAAUCGGAUAAGUCCCUCUCUGGUGUCUUGGUAGUUGCAGGGACAGCUGAGUUCGCCCCUGAGAAUGAUGGGCAUUACUACAAUCUGUCCAACGCUUAUGUAAAUCCAAACUACAACUCCACGACUCACUACUACGACCUUGUAAUUCUCGAGACUGAUAGAGAUUUUGAGAUGUCUGUCAAUUUGACUGCUGUGGAGCUGUCAAAGUUUCCUCAAUUUGAUGACUGUUUCAUCACAAGUUGGUGGGUAGGCAACAGCGGUUCUGAAAGAUAUGAUGACUUCCUACAAUUUUCCCAAGUUAAACUGAGCCCCAAAUGUCAAACCGAUACAAAGCAAAUAUUUUGUGCUGACACUGCUUCUUAUGUGGGUGAAAUCGGAAGUCCACUUGUAUGUGGUGGGUUUCUCUCUGGAAUAGAAUCAUACUAUCCACUUCAUAAUAAUAGACUCUUAACAAAUAUUUCCACAAAUUAUGAUUGGAUUGUAAGUUUAGCACCAAUUCCAAGCACAACCUUCUCUCCAACAACAGUUACUACAGAUACACCCACCGCAUCUACAACAACAACCACCCCUACUGCACCACCAACACAGAGUCCAACAACAACCACCCCUACUGAACCCCCAACACAGAGCCCAACAACAACCACCCCUACUGAACCCCCAACACAGAGCCCAACAACAACCACCCCUACUGAACCCCCAACACAGAGCCCAACAACAACCACCCCUACUGCACCACCAACAGAGAGUCCAACAACAACCACCCCUACUGCACCACCAACAGAGAGUCCAACAACAACCACCCCUACUGCACCACCAACAGAGAGUCCAACAACAAUUACCCCUACUGAACCCCCAACACAGAGCCCAACUGUAACCACCCCCCCUACUGCACCACCAACAGAGAGUCCAGCAACACCCACCCCUACUGCACCAACAUCAAUCACCACAAGCACUCCUGUUACACCAAGCAGCAAGACUACAAGUACACCAAUUCCAAUUACAAUAGUUACAGAAACUAUAACCACAACAACUGCUCCAAAGCCUACAGGAACAACAGCUACAGCAAUUCCGUCUAAUACAACUACUGAAAGAACCUCAACUACUGAGUUACCUACAAUGAGUGUCACAGAAACGCCAGCUUACACUGAGUCAGAGACUUACAGUUCUACAAUGUUCUCUUUCUUUUCAUCAUCUAACACUCCAAUAUUUACAGACUCGUCUGAAGCAUCAACAAUUAUUAUAGAAUCAACUACCACUACCACAUCAACUACAACUACCCCUACUAAACCCCCAGUAACAGAGAGUCCAACAACAACCACCCCUACUGCACCCCCAACAGAGAGUCCAACAACAACCACCCCUACUGCACCACCAACAGAGAGUCCAACAACAACCACUCCUACUGCACCACCAACAGAGAGUCCAACAACAACCACUACUACUGCACCACCAACAGAGAGUCCAACAACAACCACUACUACUGCACCACCAACAGAGAGUCCAACAACAACCACU